CGGAGAGGAGCUGGGUUCGGAGGAGCAGGCCUGGGGGGUCAGCAGCUACUGCCCUGCCUUUGGGUGGGGCCAAGGGGCGCGAUUUGGGAGGGCGGGGAUCGGAGGAUGCUUCGAAGGAUCCUUGGGGUUAUCCUAGAAUAUUCCUUGAGGGUUAUCGCAGUAGGCGAGGGCCAGAUUAGUUGAGAGUGCGUAGCUGGAUCCCCGUUCUGGUCGGCGGGGCCUUGAGGGUCCUUUCCGAGGGGUUGAGGCCUGGAGAGUGCUGGGGGCGAGCACGCAGCGAAGGGGCAGGCCUGAAAGGGAGUUUAGCUCUGUCACCCAGGCUGGAGUCCAGUGGCACGAUCUCAGCUCACCACAACCCCUGCCUCCUGGGUUCAAGCGAUGCUCCUGCCUCAGCCUCCCGAGUAACUGGGAUUAUAGAGAUGGGGUCUUGCUCUGUCACCCAGGCUGGAAUGCAGUGGUGCGAUAAGAGCUAAGUGCAGCCUCGAAUUCCCAGGCCUCAGGCCAUCCUCCUGCCUCAGCCUGCGGAGUAAAUGGAACUACAGCAAGCAGCGCGCCGGCCUGGGAAAAGGAGCAAGAUGGCUGACUCCGAAGAGGGUGUUUUGCCGCUGACGGCUGCUUCCACUGCCCCAAUUUCAUUCGGCUUCACUCGCACGUCCGCACGGAGGCGGCUGGCCGACUCGGGAGACGGCGCGGGGCCAUCUCCGGAGGAGAAGGAUUUCUUGAAAACCGUGGAAGGGAGGGAGCUGCAGAGUGUGAAGCCCCAGGAGGCCCCCAAGGAACUCGUCAUCCCUUUGAUCCAGAAUGGCCAUCGCAGGCAGCCACCAGCCUGGCCCCCUGGGCCAUCCACAGAUACUGGGGCCUUGGCGGAUGGGGUGCUGUCCCAGGCUGUGAAGGAGCUCAUUGCGGAAUCCAAGAAGUCUCUGGAAGAGAGAGAGAAUGCGGGUGUCGACCCCACGCUCGCUAUCCCCAUGAUCCAGAAAGGAUGCACCCCCAGCGGGGAAGGGGCAGACAGCGAACCCCGGGCAGAGACAGUGCCAGAGGAGGCUAAUUAUGAGGCGGUCCCCGUGGAGGCCUAUGGGCUGGCCAUGCUGCGGGGCAUGGGCUGGAAACCUGGCGAGGGCAUCGGCCGCACCUUCAAUCAAGUAGUGAAGCCCCGUGUCAACUCACUGAGGCCCAAGGGGUUAGGGCUGGGUGCCAACCUGACCGAGGCCCAGGCCUUGACCCCCACUGGCCCCUCCCGCAUGCCAAGACCAGAUGAGGAGCAAGAGAAAGAUAAGGAAGAUCAGCCUCAAGGGCUGGUGCCUGGAGGAGCUGUGGUGGUUCUUUCUGGCCCUCACCGAGGCCUCUAUGGGAAGGUGGAAGGCCUUGAUCCUGACAAUGUUCGGGCCAUGGUUCGUCUGUCUGUGGGGAGCCGGGUGGUGACUGUUAGUGAGUACUACCUGCGGCCUGUCUCCCAGCAGGAGUUUGACAAGAACACCUUGGAUCUCAGGCAACAGAACGGAACUGCCUCAUCACGGAAGACCCUCUGGAAUCAAGAACUCCACAUCCAGCAGGACAACUCAGAGAGGAAGCGGAAACACCUUCCAGACCGACAGGAUGGGCCUGCAGCCAAGAGUGAGAAAGCAGCCCCCAGGAGUCAGCACUGGUUGCACAGGGACCUGCGUGUGCGGUUUGUGGACAACAUGUACAAAGGAGGCCAAUAUUACAACACCAAGAUGAUAAUUGAAGAUGUCCUAAGCCCAGAUACCUGUGUAUGUCGGACAGAUGAAGGCCGAGUCCUGGAAGGCCUGAGGGAAGACAUGCUGGAGACCCUGGUUCCCAAGGCAGAGGGUGACCGUGUGAUGGUGGUGCUGGGCCCACAGACUGGAAGGGUGGGACAUUUGCUGAGCCGGGACAGAGCACGGAGCCGGGCUUUGGUGCAACUGCCAAGAGAAAAUCAGGUGGUGGAGCUUCACUACGAUGCCAUCUGCCAGUACAUGGGCCCUAGUGACACAGAUGAUGACUGACCCAUGGGACUCCUCCCAUCCCCCAGGCUGGUACCAGUUCUGUACCAUAUGAGAAAGUUGCCUUCAGAAGGUGGGAAGAUCAUUGUUCCAUCCUCUACUUCUGGUGCAGUCCUGGGACAAGGACAAGGGAAAGGGAUGGGUGAACCAGUAAGGAAGCUAGAAACAAACCCAAUAUUUACCAAAAUUUAGGGUAUAAUAAAAACCAUUUCAAGUA